UCCUUUUCCAUCUUCUAGGUAAGCCCUAAUUUCUCCUUUGAUUCACUAAUUUCCUCUUUCGUUUUAGUUCCCAAAGUUACUUCCCCUUUUUUUGUUACUCUAACUAAAAUGUUUGAGUCUUGAAGAGAAUUGACCCAAUCUUCCCUUUUGUUUUCUCAGUUGUUUGUGCUUGAUUUAGGAGAUCAGUGUGCUGCCUCUAUUGACAACUUUGACGAUCAGUAGACAACAUCCUUAAUCUUUUUGAUACCUCAACGAAGACAUUCUUUGAGCCAUUUCGACAUUUUAGAGAUCUGAGAGGGGUAAUGCACUUGACAAUAUUGACGGUGUAGUGAUGGCAGGUGAAAAGAAGGGUAAGAAAACAAAGAAGGCUAAGGAGACGGGGGUUCCCCAGAGACAUGCGGAAAACCUUGUGAUUAGAGAUAGAAGCCCGUCGCCACGUCUCCCACCACGCGGUGCUCCAUUGCCUCAUGAUCCUCUCAUGAACGGCAUUGCAUAUAGUCUUCCACCUCCAUAUAGCUUUGGUCGGCCCUAUAUGGCUCCACGCCAGGGCUUUACUGAGGCGCCUCCCCAGAGCCCCUCGAUGAUGUCCACACCAGGUUAUCCUACCCCACAGGGCUUCACUCGGUAUACUUCCGGAUCUCAGCGGGCUACGUCUAGUGGUACUCCGACGGCCACUCCUAGCCCAACUGCAUCACAUCAUUCUCCAUCAUCUACUGAACAGAAUGAGAUAACGGGUCCUGACCGUCGAGAAAGUAGUUCUGCGCCUCACACUCCUGCCGCAAAUGACUUACCUGGAGGUGUACGUGCUCCACAACUGGAAUCUUAUGACUCAUCAGGGCGACUCAUCAUCGAGCCUGCGGGAUACGGUUGGUUACCAGACAAAGCUUCAAGACUCCUUACAGAUGAGAUAGCAAAACUAUUUAAAGACUCACCUACUUGGGGCCAGAUGUCACCAAAUCGCCAGAGACAGAUCUAUUAUGCGUUUAAGGAUAAAUGUGUCUGGCACCCGGAACAUGAGAAGCAGCUAACUCAAAACUUCAAGAAGAAAGCUCAGCACUUACUAAGUGACAUGUUAGGAAGGGAACUAAAACGGGGGACGCCAGUGCCUCAAGAUGAGGCGUUCAAGAUCACUCACGUGAAGAAGAAGGCAAACACUAAUGAUCCAGACCGGUGGUGUGAGGAACGGGCUAAGCGGACCUACAAUCAAUAUCAACAUUCAAAGGCGGAGUUUCUUCGUACUCAGCCACCCGACACACAGCUGACAGAAGAACAAAUGGAGGAAAGGUGGCUUGAGAGUGUUGGUGGUCCCACUAGGUUUGGCACAGCUUACGGAAUGCCACAUCGUGCAUUUCGUCAAUACCGGUCGCCCCUGGAAGGCCUACAUUCUUCCAAUACCGAGUCGUUUGAUAGAGUGAGUGCUAUGGCCAUGGAGCAAAAGAUUGCCGAGCUAUCUAGCCAACUACAGGCCUCAGAGGAAAGGGAGAGGCGGAGGGACGUGCAGUUUGAGGGUAUGAGGGCCCAAUUAGACGCACUACUUGCUUCGAGGGGGAUUCCGUCAUAUCCUGAUGAUGCUCGUAACCCCCAUACUCAAUCUAGUGGUGCGGAUGAUGAUGGGACUCACGUGUCAAACACAGAAAGGCAUGUUUGAAUGUUAAUAUUGUGGUGGAUUGUGGAUUGUGUAAGUGUUUUGUGGAUGUUUGCGAGGGGUGAAAUAGUCUAAUGUUGUAGACUUAACUUAGUGUAGACUUGUUUAAUGUUUUGUGGAUGUUUGCCAACGUUGAAGUAGUUUAAUGUCUCUUGUGAAUGUUUGAAUGACGUUUUUUGAUUUAACUUUGAAGUAGUUUCGAAUUGAAUUUGAUGUAUUGGUGAUUGUAAUAUAUGUGUUUGUUGAAGUA